AUGCGUUCUAUCAUCCCCCUCCUCUCGCUGAGCGCGCUGCUUGUCCCGGUCCAAUCCCUAUACUUCUACAUUGACGGCACAGCUCCCAAAUGCUUCUUCGAGGAGCUGCCGAAGGAUACGCUGGUAGUAGGACACUUCGAUGCAGAGGAGUUUGACGAGACCGCGAAAACGUGGACAAAGCACGACGGGCUCAACAUCCUGAUUACCGUUGAUGAGGUAUUCGAUAACGACCACCGGGUCGUCAACCAGAAGGGCGCGCACACCGGCCGCUUCACCUUCAGCGCUGCCGACUCGGGCGACCACAAGAUCUGCUUCACGCCUUCCUCCACCACCAGGACCGGCGGCUGGCUCUCGAACGCCACGCCCCUUGGUGGCGUCCGCCUCACCCUCGAUUUGGCCAUCGGAGCGACGAGCCAGAUCGAGAGCACGGAUAAGGGCAAGAUUGAGGACAUCGUCAAGCGGGUCAAGGAUCUGAACGGCCGACUGCAGGAUAUCAGGAGGGAGCAGGUAUUCCAGCGGGAACGAGAGGCUGAGUUCAGAGAUCAAUCCGAGUCGACAAAUGCUAGGGUAGUUAGAUGGACACUGGUUCAACUGGUCCUAUUGGGUAUUACUUGUGCAUGGCAAUUAUCCCAUCUCAGGGCUUUCUUCAUUAAGCAGAAGUUAACAUAG